AUGACUGCUUCUCGAUUGAUGACCAUUCGAAUAAAUAAUGUUCGAACUGCCCAAUCCACUUUUUUCUUGCGCCAAAUCCACGACAAUUCCCUUCCAGACAACUCUGGCAUGAUACGAAUACAGGAGUCACCUACCGACCUAACGAGCAGUUGGUAUAAGCAUCACUUGUUUUUGUUGGGACUCGAUAAGAUCAAGCUCUGUGUGUACCAGAAGCUUUCACAUUUCCAUACCCAGGUUGGCGGCGGCGCCAUCAAGUCUGUCGUGAGCGACUUGGUGCUGUUUGCUAAAACUGAGUGUGUUUCCCAUCCCAAGAUCCUCGAGCACGUGGGUGGUUCUGUAGAACUGUCCUCCUGUCGCCAAAACAACAGGAAGCUGGAUGUCAGGUCAUUCUAUGUUCAGGUAGCGUACAAGCUACUCACAGAGGACGAGUCGAAGGUAGAUACCCUUGCAGAUGCGUUGCUUGAGUUGUACUUGGAGCUGAGGGGUCACAAGCUCACGCUUAAUGCACCCGUCAAUGCUCAGGAGAAGCAGAUUCUUCGAUUGGCGGCAAAGUAUUACAAGUCCUCCUCGAUCAACUACAGACUAUUGUACGACCACAAGUCGUACCCUCGCACAAUCGAUAUCGCGGACCAGUCUCUAACGAUCCACCUCCCUCCUUUGCCUCAAAUAAAGUCGAAGCACUUGUUGGCAAAGGCUCUCAUGCAUAAGGAGUUGUAUAGAGCAGUAUUUCUGCCCGAUCAUGACUUCUACAAAACGUUGGUGUCGAACAAUGUAUCAAUCGAUAGACUGGCGCUCAAUGUAAUUCGCUACGAUCUUCUGGUACUUGAUGGACUUGGAGACUUGUUCUUGGCGGGGGAGUCAUCGGAAUUUUUGUACAAGUUCAGGCAUCUGGACCCGUACUCGGCGGAUGACACCUUUGGCAAGAAGACAUACAAUUUGCUCCGAACUAUAUUGGCCACAAAUACAUUGCUCUCGAGAUUAGCGGUGGCGUACAACCUCCAUUCAGCUCUCGAUGAUGACAUAGUUUGUGAGAUGCUUGAGCACGAGUAUAUCCCAUACAUGGCGGGCCAUAGAGAUAUCGAGCCACCUACUUGCCAAGCUAGAUACGAAGAGGAGUUCAUAGCGGACUACUUUGAGCAGUAUGUCGGAGCGCUCUAUCUAGAGCAGCCCGUGGUGGCCAAAGCAUGGAUCAACCAGUUGUUUGAGCAAAUAUUGUUCUCAAUUACCGACUCGUACAGAAUCAAGCAUCGCAAGCGAUCACUUGUUCAGUACGACUACCGCGCCUGGGGUGUGGAUGUGAUCGGUAGGCCAUUAAAGUAA